GAUCUCCAUUGCUCACUGUUUGUAUAACAUGGAAAAUUACUUUUAUCUAUAGUCAAUCGCUCAAUGGCCCUUGAAAUUGACCUAGGAACGACCACUCUCAUUUCCUCAGGGUCGAAUCUGAGCCUCACCCAAUGUGCUACAGCUUUGAUCCUCCCUCCUAACGACGCUUCUGACUCAAUAAACACUAUAGAGCUAAAGGAGCAAUUCGAAAGGGGUACAUUAUGGGUGGACCAGGCCCCAGAGCUUAAAGUCCAUAUAUGUGUCGGUGUAGAGCCCGAUCUUGCUCGUCCUGCCUCGACGUUCGUCUCGCAGAUUGGGGAAAUUUUCUGCCAUUCAAAGCUUUGGCUGGAUUUAGGUCUCAAUGUUCUUUUCAAGAGCUGCGAUCAUGGCGAUAAGUCGACAACGUUUCAGCUUUCUUUCGGACUACGCAGAACAACAAAACACCCAGCCACAAAAGCGUCACGGAUACGAGCGAAGUUGCGAAGCACGCAUGAUGCCAUUCCUCCCCACGGAAUCCCGCUUGCUCGAUUGUCUACGAUCUACAUUUCCCUGGAAUUUACUCGGCACAACGAACAGGUACAGCGGGAUAUAACUAGUUCUUCAGUGCCUGGGGGUUCAUUUACAGAUUUAUUAGAGGCUGAUAUUUCAUUGGAAAGGUUCAAGAAUGAUAGGACUUGUGCUUUAAUAUUCGCAAAACCAUUCCAAGGGCUGGAGGAAUUCUUCCAACUUCCUUUGCCCUCUCCAGAGCGCUGUUCACAGCUACCAAAGAGUCCAAAAAUUGACUCUGAGAACGGAUUUCAUACGUUAUUCAACGUUGGUUUUCGCAAUCUCAUAGCCGACAAUCAACGAGCGAACAAGGGGGCCAAGGCAUCUAAAAGUGAUGAUCUCAAGUCUCUCUCAACAAUUUCUCCUGCCAUCUUUAGCCAUGGAUACCGCGAGGCCAUGAACCAACGAUCGCAAUUCAUUUCAUCCAUAGCGAGCUCGAUCGUGUCUAUAAUCGAGGUAUCCAAGGAUCCCAAGCUGCGAGAAAAGCGAAAUAACCUGAAGUCGUCACGCAAUCCCAAUUCUCAGACUCAACUCAACCCGUCCAUCGCAGGAAACACAUCUACCGUGAGAACAGCACUAAAGCAGUCCCUCUGGCGAAUCGCCCAGAAACAACUCUAUAAACCCGGAGCAUCGAAGAAUCUGAGUCCGCUGGAACACGCAUCUUCCUCAGAUAAACGCUACUUGACACCAGAAUAUACCACCCUCUUAGACGACGAAGACGACGAAGACGACAACACAGACUCCAACGAUUCGGACUAUUACCUUGGAACAGAUAUAGAAGAGCUCGAAUUUGAAUCCCUAGAAGAAUCACAGGAGCGAAAUACAAAAGAUGAUGAAGAAUCAAUCCUUUCAAUCACGGAGGAUUACACAAACCUAUCGAUCGACAUGCUCGGCAGCACGAUCGAUGAGAGCGAGAACAUGGACUUUGACGAACCAAAUUUAGAGGAUAUACGAUGCGUAGACCAACACGCUGGAUUCUAUGUGCCAGCACCAGCCGCUGGGAACUAUUCCAAUCAGGUUGUUCAGAGUGACAGCGAAAUGCUUACGUCGGAUUGUAUUGAAGAAAACAUGAGCUCUCCCCCGACUGCCGCAUCUACUCAUAUGAACAAGAUUGCUGCCGAGGAUUUUGAUGAUAUGCUCUGUUAGCAAUUUUGAAUGACCGAUGAAUAUGCCAGAAAUGUACGUGAUAUGAUCCAUGUAAUCUUGGAAAGACCACCGUGAAAUUUGACGAGAAAAAUCUAUCGAGUCAUCGUAUUCGAAAUAAAAUAGCUUAUAUCCCUUUAUGAAAAUUAACCAAUCCUUAC